GUUUUAUAUAUUUAGCUGCUGAAUCAGUUGGAAGUGUGUUAGUCUCAAUGGAUGAAUCGAAAAAUGUGUCAUAAUGCACGCAUGAGAAACUUGAUCUAGCUUUCUGAGUGCAAGUUCACUUAAGAUAUAGUGUAACUAAAUUGUGACUUUAGUUUUAUGGAGUCUAAAGAAAUUGAGCUUGAGGUCAAUAAUGGUGACUCCCCACCACCAGGAGAUCCACCCCCAGAGAGAAAGGAGGGGGAGGAGGAGGAGGAGUUUGACUUUGCAGAAGCUGUUUAUGAUGAGGAAAAAUAUGGUAAACCACUGACAUAUGAAAAGAAUCCAGGUCCAAUUAAAAACAGAUCCUGUACAGACAUAAUAUGUUGCCUGUUGUUUGUGAUCUUUAUUGUGGGACUAGUAGUUGUGGCUUACUUCGCAUUCAAGUAUGGUGACCCUCGUCUCUUGGUUUAUCCAGUGAAUUCCAACAAUGAGAUCUGUGGAUAUGGCAAACAAACGGGUAAGCCAAACCUGCUGUUUUUUGACCUGAUAGCCUGUGGUCGCAUGGGAGCAGGUGUGUUUGUGAAAGGAUGUCCAACCCCUCAGAUUUGUGUAGCAGCAUGUCCAACAGAGAAUGACUUAAUAACACCAGGCAUUAAUACAAAAUCUGACUUAAAGUACUGCAAAGAUGAUGUUGAUCUUACAACAACCUCAAAGGAUGUUGCUACAUUGCUGUCUGAUGAGGACUGUGCCCGAUACUGGUUCAAGAGCAAGCCAUUAAUAAAUAGAUGUGUCCCUUCUUUCCUGAUUGACGUUCUGGAGGAGGGUAAAAAUUUAGCAACAGAAAUUUCCAGUUCUAAUGCCAGUGCUAAAGAUGCACAAGGAAACACAUAUGACAGUACUGUCAUGGAGGCUGGGCUGAAUGUGUAUGGGGUAUUUCUUAAAGCCAAAGAAUAUGGAGAGAAGAUCAUAGAAGAUGUUGUCACAGCAUGGUGGAUGAUACUCAUAGGCCUCCUCCUGGCUAUGGUCUUCGCCUUUCUCUGGAUUAUCAUCAUGAGGUGGAUAGCUGGAUUCAUGGUCUGGUUCACAAUAUUUGCCUUCAUUGGAUUGUUUGGAUUCUCUGCUGCUUAUACAUUGUACCAGUACUAUGAACUGAAGGACUCAAAUCAAGAAUUCCACAUACAAUUCUCUGUCAUCCAGAUGACCAUGUCUAAACCUAAGCUUUUCUUGGCUUUUGGAAUAAUAUCUGGAGUUAUACUAAUUAUUUUACUCCUAAUCCUGUUAAUCCUGUGCUCAAGGAUUAGGAUUGCUAUCUCUCUCAUCAAGGAAGGCAGCAAAGCUGUAGGCACCAUGAUGUUUACUCUCAUCUGUCCCAUUUUCCCGUUUUUCCUACAGAUAAUAGUCGUGGGGUUCUGGCUGACAGUAGCAGUAUUUUUAGCAUCCACUGGAAGGAAUCAGUCAUUUGAAUUUAACAACUCCUCGGAGUAUAAAGAUGCAAAUGGAAGCUAUGAUUAUGAUAAGAUAAAAAGAGCUACUGGACAGUUCAUCGGAGAGGCUUGCGAUAACAAUGACAGCCUCUCUGGUUCCGAAUUUUGUGCCUUUCUGAAAAAUCAAGAGGAAAAUUUUGUCCUUUACUCACAAAUCUUCAACCUUUUUAUGAUGUUCUGGUUGGUCAAUUUUGUCAUUGCUCUUGGUCAGAUGACUCUGGCUGGAGCCUUUGCAUCUUACUACUGGGCAUUUGAGAAACCUAAAGACAUUCCAGCAUUCCCCAUCCUCAGCUCACUGUGGAGGUGUUUCAGGUACCACUUGGGAUCUCUGGCGUUUGGCUCUCUGAUUAUAGCUAUUGUACAGAUGAUCAGGGUGGCGCUGGAGUACGUGGAUGCCAAACUUAAGGGGAAAGAGAACCCAGUGGCUAAAUUUUUUGUCAAAUGUCUCAAAUGCUGCUUUUGGUGCCUUGAAAAAUUCCUAAAAUUCCUGAACAAAAAUGCGUACAUUCUUAUUGCAGCUCAUGGUAAGAACUUCUGCACUUCAGCAAAGAAUGCUUUUAUGCUGAUCAUGAGAAAUAUUGUCAGGGUGGUGGUAAUUGACAAAGUGACAGAUUUCCUGUUGUUCGUCAGUAAACUGGUGGUCGUUGCCUUUGCAGCGGCCACUUCCUACUUUUUCUUUGAUGGCAGGAUCGAGUUCCUGGCUUCAUUCACUCCGUCCCUUAAUUUCUACGUAGUCCCUAUAGUGAUAGUUACACUGGGUUCCUAUGUGAUAGCCAGCUGUUUCUUCAGUGUGUAUGAAAUGGCUGUUGACACUCUCUUUCUCUGCUUCUUGGAGGACUUGGAGAGAAAUGACGGUUCCCCAGAAAAGCCUUACUACAUGAGCAAAGACCUACGUAAAAUCUUAGGGAAGAAAAAUGUGAUCUCACCCAGUGAGAAAAAAGAGUUCUAAAUCUGUGAUACUACUGAUGCACCCAAGCUGGUCUAGAAAUCCAACAUUCUCUAUGGCACAAAGAAAAUCUAUAUUUAUCUAUACUUGUUAUUCGUUAAUUGUUGAAUUUUUGUGAAGAAGUCUCCAUAUAUCAAUGUAUCUGGAUUUUUCUUUUUUUUUUUUUCUUUUUUUUUUUGAGAGUGUAUGAAUCAAUGUAGUGUGACAGUGUAAUGUAAUGAACACAGUAAUUUACACUUUUUCAAAUUCUUGAAAACUCAUUAUUUUAAAGUAAUAUAAAUAAUUUUUGUGAUAUUCUUGUCUUAUCAACCAUGUUAAAUAUGAUCAAUUCUUUAACAUAUAUUACAAUUUUAUUUUUUUUGUGACCUUGAUUGAAUCAGAAGUGCAUUUAAUACAUUAUAAUUUCAUUUCAAUACUAGUAACUUGAAGUACCAGAAACAAAAGACAUAAUUUAAAGCUUUAAGGUAACCAAAACAUGCCUGUGCCAUACACUCUAUACACGUACAAUGUAGAAACUAUCAGAGUUGUACAAGAUCCACGUGUGUCUUGUUGUUGUUGACAAUUAUUCGCCUUUGAAUCAUAAGCAAUGCAAUCAUAUUAGCAUAAUCUUAAAUGUAGCUGGCGCCUGUGUUAUAUAAAGGUCAGCUUUCAUGAUGAGAUGGAGAAAAUGUCAAUGACAUACAUGUAUUACUUAAUGUAUUGAUGAUUUUGUUUUCAGAUCUUUGAUAUAGUAUGCUUCAAGUAGUAACUUUUCAUACAUGUACGGUUCUAUGACAACUUCUUUUAACAUAAGGCAUUAGAUGCUUGAACUGAGGUUAUUUGCUUAAUUAGCAUGUGUUUCUUAAAAUCAUAGUAAGUAGAGAAAGUUAAGAAUUAGAAGACAUUAGCUAUGUCUUUUGGUAGCUUGGGAAUGGUUAUGAAAUGUUCAGUAAAUCUUGCCUUUAAGGAAUCUUGCCAAUAAUUUGUUUAGAUAUUUUAUAGCCAGAAAAACACUCAUAGCAUAAAAUGCAACUUACUAGUCUAUAUAAAGCCUUAUAGUAACAUUCCAAUGUUUUUCUUAAAAUCUUCAUAAAUAAGUUACAAGCACUGAUGUGUCAGUGAUACAAGUGAAAUAUGAGAAACUGUUAGGGAAAAAAAUUGAAAUAUUAUAUUUAAUACAUCAAUUGGUAAAGGAAUGUUAUUCAAGGUUAAAUGAUUAUAGUUUAAGCACUUUAUGUGUCACAGAUCAUACAUGCAGGCAUGUAUACAAAUUAAAAAAAGGUUACAUAAUACAUGUAUAAUAAUUUAAUUUGAAUACAUAAUUACAUUGUACUAUGAUUUAAAACACUUUGCAUUAUAAAGAAAAAUAUCAAUUAUGCUUAAUUGUCGGUAUAUAUAGUACUAUUACCAAUAUGUAUCAGUUUGCAUUGUUUUCUUAUGCUUAUUUCAAAGAAUGAUAUAAAUUUACCUGUUUUUUUUUCCCCAUUGUUUAAUUAAGGAAAGAACUUUAUGUUGUAUUGUCAGAAUCAGUAAUCCAGUAUUAAAUAAAUUUUCAGUCCCAA